AUGAAUCCUCCAACGCAAAUUAAAGAAGGCGAAUACACGGUUAAAAUCUAUAGCUUGAUACGAGAUCAAAAAUAUCAUGAAGCGAUCGAAAUUCUAUCAAGUGAAUUAGAAAAUCAUCCUAAAUCUCGUGCUGCACUUUCAAUUCUAGCAUACUGCCAUUAUUACCUACAAGAUUUUGCUGCUGCAGCAGAUUGUUAUAAACAAUUGGUGCAAAUACAACCCGAUAACGUGGAGUACAGAGUAAAUUAUGCACAGUCAUUAUAUAAAGCCAAUAUGUUUGCUGAAGCAACAAAGGCAACUUUUAGUAUUCCUACGAAUACUGAAACCCAAUCAAAGAUUUUGAAAUUACAAUCUGCAAUCAAAUUCGGUGAACAAGACUAUUCUGGUUCAAAAGCAUUAAUAGAUCAGUGUACGAGCGAUGAUGUAGACGUUGAAAUUAACAAUGGAUGUCUUCUUUUCAUGGAGGACCGCUACGAAGAAGCUUGUCGGCGAUUUCUAACGGCGCAGCAAAUGAUUGGCUUCCAAGCAGGAUUAUCGUACAAUAUCGCUUUGUGCUAUUACCACAUGAAACAAUUUGCCCCAUCUCUUAAGAACAUUGCCGAUAUUAUUGAACGUGGUAUUAGAGAACAUCCAGAACUUAGUGUUGGUAUGACAACUGAAGGAAUCGAAGUACGAAGUGUAGGAAAUACUCUGGUAUUACAUGAAACUGCUUUAAUCGAAGCUUUUAAUCUUAAGGCUGCAAUUGAACAUCAACUAAAGAACUAUGAUGCUGCUAUGGAUGCCUUAACUGAUAUGCCUCCAAGAUCUGAAGAGGAAUUAGAUCCUGUAACUUUACAUAAUCAAGCCUUAAUUAAUUUUGAUGCCAAUCCAACAUCGGGAUUCGAAAAACUGCAAUUUUUACUCCAGCAAAAUCCGUUUCCACCUGAGACAUUUGGAAACCUACUACUACUAUAUUGCAAAUAUGAGUACUUUGAUUUAGCUGCUGAUGUGCUUGCUGAAAAUGCCCACCUAACCUUUAAAUAUCUUUCACAAUACCUCUAUGGAUUUCUGGAUGCUCUUAUUACACAACAGACAUCUCCUGAAGAGGCAUAUCGUAAAUUUGAUGAUAUAGCAUCUAAGCAUACUGAUGCGUUAAGGAAGCUUACAAAACAGGUACAGGAGUCCAGACAAAAUCACGAUGAUGAAGCUGUUAAAAGAGCUGUUAAUGAAUAUGAUGAAGCAUUAGAGAGGUAUAUCCCAGUGCUUAUGGCGCAAGCCAAAAUAUACUGGGACAGAGAAAAUUAUGCUCAAGUUGAAAAGAUAUUUCGAAAAUCAGUGGAAUUUUGCAAUGAACAUGAUACUUGGAAGUUAAAUGUUGCCCAUGUUUUAUUCAUGCAGGAAAGCAAAUACAAAGAAGGCAUCAGUUUUUAUGAACCCAUAGUGAAGAAAAAUUAUCAACACAUAUUGAAUAUAAGUGCCAUAGUUCUGGCAAAUCUUUGUGUGUCUUACAUUAUGACCAGUCAAAAUGAAGAGGCUGAAGAAUUAAUGCGAAAAAUUGAAAAAGAGGAGGAACAAGUUUCUUACACCGAUCCAGAAAAGAAGAUAUUCCACUUAUGUAUUGUUAAUUUAGUUAUUGGAACAUUAUACUGCGCAAAAGGGAAUUACGAAUUUGGAAUAUCUCGCGUUAUGAAAAGCUUGGAGCCAUAUAAUAAAAAGCUCGGUACCGACACUUGGUUUUAUGCUAAACGUUGCUUUUGCUCUUUAUUAGAAAAUAUGGCGAAACAUAUGAUCCUCGUCAGAGAUAGUGUCUUGCAAGAAAUUAUUCAGUUUUUUGAACAUUGUGAAGCCUAUGGUAAAACUAUACCAAGUAUCAUUGAACAACCACUACAAAGUACGGUAAUCCAACCUGGUACGAGGACCGUAGCUUUCGAAGCUCGCUAUAUGAAGAGUUUAUUCCUAAAAUUUGUUUAA